AGCGUGUGUACGUGUGUGUGUGGCGCGGCAUCACUAUGGACUUCCUUUCUCAGACGCUAUCCUUCCUCGCUGUGGCUCUUGUGUGGGGAACAACAAAUCCUUUGCUCAAGAAAGGCAGUGUCGGAGUAGAGAAGAUACAGUGCCGUGGUAGACUGCGUCAGUUAUUCGCCGAGCUCGCGUUCCUUGCCCUGCGGUGGCAGUACGUGGUACCGUUCCUGGUCAACCAGUCGGGCUCAGUGCUGUAUUACGUUACCAUCGGCCAGGCCGACAUCUCUCUCGCUGUUCCCAUCACAAACUCUCUCACCUUCCUCGUAACCUCUGUGGCUGGACGGCUGAUGGGAGAAAAGUCCCCCACGAACACUACGUACCUGGGGGUCGUGUUGGUCCUGGUUGGCGUAGCUCUCUGUAUUGCUUCUAAAUUGCACUGA